AUGGCUUCGGAUGAUGAGCUGUGGUGGGAGGAGCUGGAGAAGGCGGCAGAGCCGCCGUCGCCUGGCAGCGAGGAGGUGGAGGCGGUGGAGGGAUCAGAGGUGGCAGAUGAGGUGCUUGAGCCUCUCGAGUUCGCCGGAGGUGGCAAGGCUAAGGUCACAGCGGCCAAAAGCAAGCCGGUGAACAAGUUCUCGGCCAAGGUCGCGGCCAAGAACAAAGCCCAGGCGAGCCCAAAGGCGAAGGCAACAGCCGACCCAGAUCGGCAACAGCUCAGUGGCUUCGUCACCGCAAUGAAAUAUAAAAUCAGCCAAGGGCAAAACCGCGACCAAGCCACCACGGCUCAGAAACUCUUGGAGAUGUACAGCACCAUGGACAGCGACGGGAAGCGCCAAAUGGCCCGGCAGUACUCCGAACACGGUCCGAAGGACCUCUCUUGGGCCGCGACCUAUCUCGAGAGCGACAAGCACGACAGUGUCACAGAGAGGUGCACAACGAAAGGCAUGCGGACCCGCAAACAGAUCCUCGAGUUCGAAGGCAUCGAUACCGAUGGUAUGGAUGAGGCUGCCAAGCAGGAGUGCCUCAAAGAGCUCUUGGAUGCCCUAUGGGCUCGGCUUAAGACCGAUCCCACAAAGGAUCCCGACCUUGUCCAGGACCACAAGAUCCCGGCCAUGAAGAAGUACUAUUACGAGUACCUUGAUCCGCUGAAGGAGAAAGAGGUGGACACAAAGUCGCAGUCGAUGACUGUGAAGGCUGAGGGUUUCAAGAUGGAAGCGGCCAAGAAGAUGAUCACGAGCAAGCCUUCCGAUCCGAACAUCAAGCUCGAGAACCCCUGGCACGUGGAGCUCAUGGCCAAGGUCAAGCCAGUUUGGACGGCGAAAGCAAAGCUCGACAGAGAGGAAACCGCCCUGAAGGAUACCCUCUGUGAGUUCGCUGUGGCAGUCAACGGGAAGCCGGGCUUCGAAAAACUCGUAGACGACUAUGAGGCCAAGAUGGGUGUGCUGCACAAUUACUUGUUGCAGCUUCGGAAAGCAUAUGCUGCAGUGUCCAAGGUUACACCAAGUGAUCAAGACGAGUGCACCAAAGCCUUAGUCGAAUGGACCACGUUCGGUGAGCAGAUGUUGAUUCACCAGGAGGGGGUCAAGCAGAUGAAUCGCGGUAUGAAAGCUUUCCUCUAA